ACCAGACUGUCCCUGGACUGAAGGACACAGCAAGGAUGGUGCUUUAACUAGCAGUUUUUUGUCAGUGGUCAGCUUGCUUGUACUUCAGCAUGUACAUUUGGCAUGUGAGAGAGUUUGUAUCUAGUUUUUGUUAGUUUUGAAAGUUUGUUUUUUUGUGUGUUUAGUAGGCCAGUUUCAGGUUCUAGUUAGUCUUUAGCUCUUACACAGUCCUCAAGUCUACAUUUAUAUUGUAAGUAUAAACACAGAUAGAGAGACUAUUUACAGUGUAGCUGUAAGGAUGAGGUGUGUGGCAGUGGUUCUGUGUUGUACUGUGCUGCUCAUGCAGCUGAUGAUGACCAGCUCACAAACUGCAGAUUAUUCAGUCAGUGGGGACUGCUCUCAGCUCAGUUCGUGCGAUCGCUGCACCAGUGGAGACCCCACCCUCAAUAUGACACGCUGCAUCUGGAGAAGCUGUGACAAUGACAAUAACACACGGUGUAUUUCUGCCAUGGACGAUUCUGGAGACUGCGCAGUGUACAAUGACACAAGCUCCUGCCCAAUUAUUGGGGGACCUGACGACAGUGGCUCAGAUAACUCUUCUUCUGGCUCUGCACCAGAGUUUUCUCAAGCUUCCUUCGACCUGUCCAGCUUCAUAGGUGGGAUCAUAUUAGUGCUGGUGCUCCAAGCAGGGGCCUUCUUCGCGAUGCGCUUCCUCAAAACCAAAGACAGCACCUAUGAGACCAUUGAUCAACCCCAGUGAGGAGAUGAGAAACAGAAAAGGAGGAACAACUGCAGAAGAGAACAAAAACUAAAUAUAGAAGAGAGAGCGGAAGCAAGACAAGACGUGGCAGAGCAUUAUAGAAACUGAAGUGCUCUUUUUGUUGGCCUGAUGCAUUUAUUUGUUUAUUUUGCAUAUAUUUGCAGAUAUAUGUUUUUGGCAACCUUUGAGGGCUGGAAUGAAUUUCAUGGGUUGGUUGCUGUAUGAUUGUUUUGUUGAUUUUAUUUAAUUGCUUUAUCCUUUUUUUUUUUUUUGUUUAAGUUUUGUUUGUUGAUUAUCCUGGAAUAAAACAGUAAAAAUAUAUAAAAGCCAUAUUAUCUAUAAUUGCAAUAACAAUUAUAUCUAUUGUUUCAUGCAAAUAUGUCAUUUCCUGUGUUCUGAGGUUUCAUUAAGUGUGGCAGGUAUUUUGACACGAAUACCACGGAUUGUUUGGCUCUUUACAUUUUAUUUUGUAAGUUAUUUAUCUUGAAUCAGACAGAGGUUAAACUUGUGCUUCCUUAUUGUUUCUUUGUCAAGCAAUAAAGUGAUGUGAUUAUGAA